GCAGCCAUUGCGCCUUUCCCAGGAGUGCAGUUAGUGCGGGAGCGGCUACACCCACCUCGGGGAAAAGGGGGUGGGAAAGAGGGGGAGCCGUGCGCCUCCCCCACGCCAGGUCCUUGGGGAGUGCGGCUGCAGCUGGGGGUUCUGCCGCUUGGGUCUCGCUUGGAAGCGCCUGGGGCAAGGAAAGUUUCCGGCUUCUUCUCUUUCCCCUCUUCUCCCUUUCCUUCUUUUUAUCCUUUCUGCUGGCCCGGUGGCACGAUGACGGCGUCUCCCGACUACCUGGUGAUUGUCUUCGUGACCACGGCGGGCACCAACGGGGCAAGGUUGGGCUCAGACGAGCGAGAGCUGCUCCAGCUCCUGUGGAAAGUGGUCGACCUGAGGAGUAAGGAGCUGGGGCACCUGCAUGACGUGCUGGUCCGGCCUGACCACACAGAACUGACGGCUGAGUGCCAGGAGAUCACCCAGGUGGAUGUGGAGAGCCUGGCACUGGCUCCACCGCUGGAGCAGGCACUGAGACAGUUUAAUCAGUCCGUGAGCAAUGAACUGAACAUUGGUGUGGGUACUUCUUUCUGUUUCUGUACUGAUGGACAGUUGCACAUUAGGCAGGUUCUACACCCUGAAGCUUCCAAAAAGAAUAUUUCACUGCCUGAAUGCUUCUACUCCUUUUUUGACUUGCGGAAAGAGUUCAAGAAGUGUUGCCCUGGCUCACCUGAAGUUAGCAAACUCGAUGUUGCAGCCAUGACAGAAUAUUUAAAUCUUGACAAGAGCAGUCCAGCAUUUCCCUAUGGAGCCUCUCAAGUUGAAGAUAUGGGGAAUAUUAUUUUAACAUUAAUAUCUGAACCAUACAAUCACAGAUUUUCAGAUCCAGAAAGGGUAAACUACAAAUUUGAAAGUGGACCUUGCAGCAAGAUGGAACUUGUGGAUGACAAUGCUGUUAUCCGAGCAAGAGGAUUGCCAUGGCAGUCAUCUGACCAGGACAUAGCGAGGUUCUUCAAAGGUCUAAAUAUUGCCAAAGGAGGUGCUGCACUCUGUCUCAAUGCCCAAGGUAGGAGGAAUGGGGAGGCUCUUGUGAGGUUCGUGAGUGAAGAGCACAGAGAUCUAGCACUACAAAGGCACAAGCAUCACAUGGGGAACCGAUACAUAGAGGUAUACAAGGCAACAGGUGAAGACUUCCUUAAAAUUGCAGGAGGUACUUCCAAUGAGGUUGCACAGUUCUUGUCAAAAGAAAACCAAGUGAUUGUCAGGAUGCGAGGUCUUCCUUUCAAUGUAACAACAGAAGAAGUGCUGACUUUCUUUGGCCAGCACUGCCCUGUAACAGGAGGAAAGGAGGGAGUCCUGUUUGUCACUUACCCUGACAGCAGGCCAACAGGAGAUGCCUUUGUCUUGUUUGCUUGUGAGGAAUAUGCACAAAAUGCACUGAAAAAGCACAAGGAUUUGCUGGGGAAAAGGUACAUUGAACUCUUCCGGAGCACUGCAGCAGAAGUUCAGCAGGUGCUGAACAGGUACUCUUCCACACCUCUCAUUCCUCUCCCAACACCUCCAAUUCUUCCAGUAUUACCUCAACAGUUUGUGCCUCCCACUAACAUCAGAGACUGCAUACGCUUGCGUGGGCUUCCCUAUGCUGCUACUAUAGAGGACAUUCUGGACUUCCUGGGAGAGUUUUCUACAGAUAUUCGGACCCAUGGAGUUCACAUGGUUCUAAAUCACCAGGGACGUCCAUCAGGAGAUGCUUUCAUUCAGAUGAAAUCUGCAGAUCGAGCCUUCCUGGCUGCACAGAAGUGUCAUAAGAAGACUAUGAAGGACAGAUAUGUUGAAGUCUUUCAGUGUUCUGCUGAAGAGAUGAACUUUGUAUUAAUGGGGGGCACUUUAAAUCGAAAUGGCUUGUCCCCGCCACCAUGUAAGUUACCAUGCCUUUCACCCCCUGCCUACUCCUUUCCGGCUCCUGCUGCAGUUGUGCCAACAGAAGCUGCUCUGUAUCAGCCAUCCAUGCUUCUGAACCCACGAACACUCCAGCCCUCCACAGCCUACUACCCUGCUGGGGCUCAGCUCUUCAUGAACUACACAGCUUAUUACCCCAGUAUGCAGCAGAGGAUGGACUUGUACGCACAAAUGAUGCGGCCAGGACAGUGUCCAAAGAAUGGAUUUGCAUUUAAAGGCCCCAGCAGUUAGACUUCCUUAGUGAAGAUCCUUCUGCCCUUUCUGAUGUUUUGAACAAACACAGCAAGCCUAGAUGGAGAUUUUGAUUGUUUCCAGUUUCUCUGCUUCUCAAGCCAGUUGUGCUCAAGAGAAAAACCACCAGAACUCUGGAAGUGACCAAAUGGAUCUGUUACUGUUUUAAAGUUCAUGCACAAUUUUCAGACAUGCACACACAGACCACUAAGCCCUUCCCUGAGAGCACAGGUGCUGAAAUUGUGCAAAUCCUUGAGGGUUUCUGCUUGGUAAAGUAUUAAGCUGCUCUUAACACAAAAAUUGUUCAGCCUGAACCUACAAAGUCUGAUCUCUUUUGUUCUUUGAAAUAGCAAAAAAGUCUUUUUUACAUAAUUUUGCACACAGUUUAAAAUAGUUCUUUGUAAUUCAAGUGUUUUUCAACCUCUAAUUUUUGCAUUUGACAUUUUAAUUAAAAAAAUCUUUUGUAUAUAUUUGUCUAAUCUCUGCAAAAGAAGUCACUGUAAACUUUAUAUGCAGGCAUAUUUUACACAGUGCAGAAAUAAUUAGGAAUGUAAAAUGGAUUAUCUAAGAAAAAAGCUGCUGUAACUUUGUAAAAAUGUGUGGGAUGUUAAAUGCUUUGUCUCUGAUUCUUAUCUUGUAGGCUUUUCCUAUGCACUGAAGUAUUUAAAUUUUAAAAGGCUUACAGGAGUAGGCAUUUUCAACUUUGAUCACACUUCGUACUCAGAAAAUGAGAAAUGCAGUUAGCCUCUCUCCUGUGCUCCUACUUUCAUAUUGCCACUUCAUGUUCUCCCCACCCUUCUUGGUGUCUGACUGUCUUCUGUGCAAGAAAAGUAAUGUGAGCUGUAGUUAAGACCCAGUGCCUUGUCUGCUCUAAGAGAGGGUCAGUCAGAGCUGGUAGUUUGAGCUCUCUGGACUAUACCAGUAACCCAGCACCACAGCUCUCACUCUUACCAGAGAAAUCAGAUGCUAUGCAUGCUCCUAAAUAACUGCUGUCCUUUAGCAGCCCUGGCUCUCCCUGCCUGCCCUGGGGCUGGGCUUCAGGCACAGGGGUAGAUCACUGCACCUUUCCAUGGCAAUUAAAAUCCUCAUUUGUGGUGAAGAAAGGGGGAAGGAAGCCCUGAAACAGAGAUGUAUGAGGCUAAAUUUGGAUCGGUUCUUCGGCACGUUCAAAAUAAAAAUUGCAGGACUGAGGAAUACAGACACUUGAGGUAGGUGGUGCUGUAGGAGUUGUUUAGUGACCAUGAACCCAAAUCCACAAUAGUGCCUUAGUAUCACUGAAAGUAAGUACAAGGGAAGAAAGAACAAAAGAGGGUGGUGGGGUGACAAAGUAGAAAAAAUCUUCCAGACAAUGAAAGUGAUAGUCUCAUUUCUAGUGUCUAAUUCAAAAAAAACUCAAUGUUUCCUCCUUUAGUUCUUCCUUGAUUUUUGCCCUUCUCUUUCCUUGGUGCAACCCUCCCCUGCUCACUCCAGCCACAGUAAUCUAGAUUUACAUUUUAUCCUGGAAAACUUCAUACUGUUACAGUCUGAAGUAUUUGACAGGGCCUUUUUUUAAAAUCACUGUUUGUAAACAUGACUACAUUGAACAUGAUUAAUUGAUGCAAGAUACUCUUCAAUGGUAUUUUCAACUUUUCCUUCUGAGAAAAUAGUUCUGCCUUUAAUUAUGUAGCACAAUUACAAAUUAGUAGUUAUGCAUAAGGAAAAUUAGCCUAUAUAAGCCACUAGGGAAGUGAUGGGGGAAUAGAAUUUUUGCCUAUUAACUGUGCAGGAAUAUCUCAAGUGUGCAAAUAGAGACAGACAAUGAGGGGAUGGGAAGCAGUAGGCUGGAAGAUGUUUGGAAAUAUAAAUCACAAGCUGAUUGCAAAAAUAAUGAAAUGCUUUUGCAAAAGCAAACUUCAUGUUGGGUUGCACAAAUGGGCUUCUUGUUUGGGAUGUCUUUGUAUUUUUCCAAGUGUUCUCUACAGGGUAAUCAUAAAACUUCAGCAAAAACUUAUAACCAACAAUUUGCUCAAAAACUGCAGAGUGAAGAGGAGCAAUGUGAAAACAGUUCCCCCAGGCCUGCUGAAGGCAUUAGCAUUACUUAUUUGGGUGAAAGGAGGCUGGGGACAGGCAUAAGAGCAGUAUAUUAAAAAUGUGGCUACAAAGAAAGAAGGACCAAAUUCUUCCCGUGGUGCAUGGGACAAAGUGAGGGAUGGAGUUACAGGCAGGGAUUAAGGGGUCAGAACACACCUCCUCCUACCAGCAGUGGCUAAAUACUGAUCUGAACAGCCUGGACAGGCUCUGCAGUCUCCACCCUGGUAAUCUUUUGGGACUGGUUGGCCAAGCACUUAUCAAAACUGGCACUGGUAUAACUGGUCCCACUGUCAGGCGCAGAUGUGGACAAGAUGUCCUCUUCAGAUGUUCAUCUGUGUGAUGAUACUGCUUUUUUCUUAGGACCCUGACCUCAGAUAUUGUAAAGUUACCUGUACAUCUUAGCUCCCAACUCAGAUUGUAUAUAUGUUGCUAUUUUUCACAAGCUCUCUCAUGUUUUGGUAUUUUUGUAUUCUGUAUUUUCAGAACUGAAUUCUUUAUAUUCCUUUUCAAUAUGUCUCUGUUGAAAUUCAUUACAACAUUAAAUAUAAUUUAACCUAAAAUUGAAUAGAAUACUAUUUCCCUGUUAUAAUGUAUGUAUGGUUUAGAAAGCAAACUAGAAAUGUUUCCCGGAGAAGGGGGAAAUGUGUAUGUUGUUUUCUUUUUGCAAAAUUAGUUGGCAAAUCUCACAGUUUUGCUAUCCCUUAAUAUCUCUGUUAUCUCAGUUAGGCAGGUUCUCAGCUAGAGGCAAUUUUAUUUAUUUAAGCAGGAAAGGCUGAGACUCCAUCAGUAAAGAUGAAAGUCCAAUUUCACAAUGUAACUUUCUUGAGGUUAAGAGUAUUGAUUGAACUUGAGAUGGGAAUCUAUAGCUCAUGUGUUUGAAUGUGCAAAGAAUUUAUAAUAUGAAGGUAACUGGAAUUAAUCUGAAAAAAAAAAGUUGAAAAUACAUCAUACUUUCAUAAAGACUAUAUUUAAAUUUA